UCUUCGAACCAUUUACGGUCAUACUGAAGGAAACAUUUUUGGCGCCGCCGGCAAGUUGUUUCAUUUAUCCAGGAAUAACAAACAAAAAGGGGAAAAUGCGAGCUGUCACAGACCCUGAACACUGCAUCCAACUAAACGAGACAAUCUAUUGCUUCGAGAUUUGCACCAAUGACUUUGCCUACAACCUAAUCGCAGUGGCGCUCAAAAAAGAACUGAGUUUGAUACUCGUAGGACUGCCGGAGGAGAGCGGCGACUUUGGGUACACACACCUCCAGGACCUGGACGUGAGCGACAAGGAUCAGCGGUGCGUCAGCGCACUGGCCUUCUCGCCGGACACCUCGCUGAACUGCACUCCCAACAAUGUGACUUUGUGCGCCGCCCAGGGCAGCCAGCUGAAGAUACUCCGCACCGAUCUGGGUCAGUUCAACACGCUACAGGUGCUCCAUGGCCACGGAGACUAUGUCAACGAUGUGUCCUGGGUCUGCGAGGGUGAGCUGCUGGCCUCGGUCAGCGAUGACUUCACCUGCCGCUUCUGGACGACGGCAGGCAGCGGGGAGAACGUCAUCACAUUCGGCCUGUCCUCAGCAGGAAUGUCCAUCAAGAGCCAUCCCGAGGAUCCCAACAAGGUGCUGGUGGCGGAGAAAAAAGGCAUCAUUCAUCUGUACAAUGUGAGGAGCAAGCAAACGGUCAUCUCCGUGGAGUCCCCCAAAUUCCCGCUCAUGUCGGCGGAUUGGGCCAACAGCAAUAGACUUUUCAUCACCUCCCUAGCUGGCGGGGAUGUGAUCACCUGGGACCUGAACAGACCCUUUGUGCCCGCCGAUGUCAAGCAGGUCCACGAGGAUUGCGGCCGAGUAGUUCGAUUUGCACCAGGAAGCUCCGAAAUGGUCAUAGCCCUGAUUAUCGGGCUAACCUUAAAGGUUUUCGCAGCCAAGUCCACGGUUCCAUUGCUGGAGGCACCCCUAAAAACCUUUGGAGGCAUGGCCUGGCAUCAGCGAUUGCCUUAUAUCACGGCGGUCUCUGAUAGGAAACUGCUCUUCUGGAAAGUGCAAAUGAAGUAAAGCAUGCCGAACACUAAAAUAAAGUUACAUUG